AUGCUUGGGGUCACAAGCUGGGGUCACAGGCUGGGGUCACAGGCUGGGGUCACAGGCUGGGGUCACAAGCUGGGGUCACAAGCUGGGGUCACAAGCUGGGUCAGCAAGCUGGGGUCACAAGCUGGGGUCACAGGCUGGGGUCACAAGCUGGGGUCAUGGUGCUGGGGUCACGGCUGGGGUCAUGUUGGGUCACAAGCUGGGGUCAAGCUGGGGUCACAAGCUGGGGUCACAGGCAAUGGUGCCACAAGCUGGGGUCACGCUGGGGUCAGUAAGCUGGGGUCACAGUUGGGGUCACAAGCUGGGGUCAUGCAGGUGGCUGGGGUCACAGGCUGGGGUCAAGGUGGCUGGGGUCACAAGCUGGGGUCACAAGCUGGGGUCACAGGCUGGGGUCACAAGCUGGGGCUGGUCACGUUGGGGUCACAAGCUGGGGUCACAGGCUGGGGUCACAGGCUGGGGUUCCAUUCAUCAUUGUUUUAUUUUGGUCGUGGUGGAGGUGUGUGA